AUGCCGUUCCAAGCACGACGUGGCCAAGUCAUGGAGCGUUGGACUGAAGUAGCGUCGGGAUUGAACACGGCCGAUGAAUUCAGACUCACGGACAUCGAUGCCAAGAAAGCAUGUAACUGUUUCAUCCUCCUUCUCGAUGCCCAUCGAAAGGCCAACAACCAGUCCCAACAAGCGUCCGGUGUUGCAGAGGACGUUGGUGAGAAGGUGGUCCUCCUAGAUGACCUGAUGGCGGCGUACGAUGACGUUAAGGGCGCCAAAGCGCGGCGCGCCGAAGCAAAUCGACACGCGGCGGAACAAAUGGAAGCGAUGGGGAGCCAAAUUCGUGCCGAAGCUCUCGAAUCCUUGGGAAAACGUAAACGGGACAAAGACGGCGACGACACUGCCACAGGUGGAGGUAAAUUCAAGACUGUUUUUACACUCAUGCAUGAGCAAGCCCAAGCCGACCUUGAGUUUCAACGUACAAAGUUUGAAACUGAAGUGAAUGAACGGCGUUUGGACCGCCAGCUUUUGGCAGAACAACUUCGCCAGCAGCAGGAAUCAAUGGCUGAACAAUUUCGUCAGCAGCAGCCAUCAAGGAUUGCUCUGAUGAAAUUGAUAGUCAAAAAGUCUACUAAUAAUUAA